AUGCUAUCUGACGAUCACUCCACCCAAGUUGUCAAAAAGAAGCGGAGCCGGGAACAACUUGAUGUGAAUUCUUCGAUCGAUACCGAGGCUGCGGCAGAAUCAGCACAUCUUUCUGCUCAGGUCGAACCUUCCGAGGAGAAAUCGACCGAUGCGAAAGAGCCAGAGAAGAAGCGACACCGGGAUGGCUCACAGGACCAAGAGACCAAACCCGACAAGGGUUUCGCGGGAAGUGCGUUCGCGACUUCCUCACUUGCUGCAUUCGCUGGUUCUGACAAGUCUCCCUUCGGCUCAAUUGGCGCAUCGACACCUUCUGUUUUCAAACCCGCCGACUCGGGGAUGUCAAGUUUCGCUUCACCGUCUGGAGGUUCCGGCUUUGGCUCCUUUGGAGGUGGUUUCUCUGGUGUCGGCGGCGGAUUCUCAGCAGCAGCGAAGACCGGUGGUCUCACUAGCUUUGCCUCACCCAGUGCCCCUGCCACUUUUGGGGAGACAAAGCCCUCCGCGCUUGGGGAAUCCAAGGCCUCAACUCUCGGUGCCGAAGAUUCGAAGGCUGAAGAUUCGGAAAGCGACAAGGACGACGCCGAGGAGGAAGACAAGAGCACAUUUGAGGCCGAGAAGACCGAUGAGCGCUUCUACGAACAAACCAUGGAAACUGGCGAGGAAGAGGAAAUUACCUACUUCUCAUCCAAGUCCAAGCUAUUCCACUUCCUGGACGGCGAGUGGAAAGAGCGCGGUAUUGGUACUUUUAAGCUGAACGGCCGCAAAAGCUCGACCGACCCUGAAAAGAUAUUCUCGCGCAUGAUCAUGCGCGCUGACGGCAACAUGCGUGUCAUGCUGAACAGCUCUCUCUUCCGUGGCAUGAACUACGGAGAUUCCAAAAACGAAUGCCCGACCACAAAGCAGAUUCUCGUGGCCGGUCUCGAAAAUGGCCGAACUUUCCCUCUUUUGUUACGCUUCUCCAGCGUGGAAACAGCCGAGAAGCUCUGGACGGAAAUUGGAAAGUGCAUCAAGAACCUACCAGGCGACGAUGAAGAAGAACACUAG